CUUUCCUUAUCGAUGAUGAGUGGCGCACCAAAGGAUGUCGGUAUUCGUGCUAUGGAACUUUAUUUUCCUAACAGUUAUGUGGAGGAGUCAGAGCUAGAAGAGUUCAAUAAAGUUAGCAGCGGUCGUUACACAGUUGGUCUUGGAGUAAAAGAAAUGGGUUUUUGUGGUGUCGAGGAAGAUGUUACCUCGAUUAGCUUAACUGUUCUUUCGGCUUUGCUUAAAAACUACCAAAUUGAUAAAAGUUCCGUUGGUUAUAUUAUAGUUGGAUCUGAAACAAUAACAGAUAAAAGUAAAGGCGUCUUCACAGCUUUAAGCCAGUUAUUUGACAAAAACAAUGAGAUUUUUGGAGCUGAGUGUAUAGGGGCUUGUUAUGCGGGAACUUCAGCAUUGUUUAAUGCUAUUGAUUGGAUUUAUGCCAACUGGCAGCGCGAAAGAAAGUAUGCCGUUGUCGUUAUGGCCGACAUUGCAGUGUAUGCUCCGGGACCAGCUAGAUGUACUGGAGGGGCUGGAGCAUUUGCUGCAUUAAUCGGUCCUGACGCUGCUGUCGCUUUUGAAGAGGGAUUGCGUUCUGCCGUUUUGAAAGACGUAUGGGAUUUUUAUAAACCUGUAUGUGGUCUUUCUACUGAAUAUGCUUUUCUCAAUGGUCAAUUGAGCCUGGAGUCGUAUCUAAGGAUGCUGGAUUUUGCUUACGAAAAUUAUAAAAGAAAAGCAUUUAAGCUGCGUGGAAUAGGUAUUUCUCUGUCGGAUUUUCAAGCUGUUAUGUUGCAUUGUCCAUUUUCGAAAUUGGUACAGAAAGGAUUUGGUCGUCUUGUUUAUAAAGAUUAUAUGGAGGGCCUUCAAGAUUCCCUUGUGGAACCGGAAUUAUUAGACACUAUAAACAAGAAUCUUUGGGAAGAGAAAGCACUUCCUAAUCUUUUUUUCAACCUUAGAAUUGGUAAUAUGUAUACAGCUUCAUUAUAUGCCCAAUUAUUUGGGCUCUUUCACAGUAAACGUCAAAAAUAUUCUCCGGCGGCCUACACUGAAAUUCUCGCAGCUAGGGAGACAUUUACUAAUGGGAAGAAAUGUGAGAAUAUUUUCAGUUAUAUUACUUUAUUACAGCAGUAA